ACUAGUAAUGUGAAAAACAGAGUUGUCUAGGCCAGUGCUCAACAAAAUGUAUGACCAAGAAGCAGGGGAACAAUUCUUCAAUGAAGACUCGUUCCAAGAAAAAGCUGUUAGACUUGGAUUUAUUCGGAAAGUUUAUGCCAUUCUAUCUGUGCAGAUUGGCAUCACUGCUGCGCUUAUAGCUCUCUUUGUCUAUGUAGAUCCAGUCAAAGAAUACUCAAGAGACAAUCCAUGGAUGUGGAUUUUGGCCUUUGUCAUGACCUUUGUCAUCAUCAUAGUUCUUGCGUGCUGCCCAGACUUCAGGAGGAGAUCUCCAAUCAAUAUGAUUCUUCUCAUGACUUUCACUGGUUGUGAGGGAAUCCUGCUAGGAGCUGUUUCAAGCCAUUAUGAAAAAGAUGAAGUGUUGAUGGCUGUAGGCAUCACAGCAGUUGUUAGUAUAGCCCUGACAGUGUUUGCAUUCCAAACCAAGUGGGACUUCACAAUGAUGGGAGGGCUCCUCUUUGUUUUUGUCAUUGUUCUCUUUUGUUUUGGACUGCUCUGUGCUAUCAUCCAAAGCAGGUGGUUGAGCUUGGUUUACUCAUCUAUUGGUGCUCUGCUCUUCUCCGCAUACCUGGUGUUUGACACACAGCUGAUGCUGGGAGGAAAACACAAAUACUCCCUCUCACCUGAGGAGUACAUCUUUGCUGCCCUUAACUUGUACCUGGACAUUGUAAACCUCUUCCUCUUCAUCCUCUCCAUCAUUGGCAGUUCCAGAGAUUAAAGGUCAAGGUUUAUGUGAUAUACAGCAUAUAUUUAAUGUGAUUUAUUGCAGCCAGGCUUAACAACAGUUAAAUGUGAUUUGCUUAGGUUGUAAAACAUGAUUAGGUUGUACCAAGUGAUUAGGUGUUUUUGGUGAAAUACAAUGACUUAUCAUUUCAUUUUACAACAUGGCUUAUAAUCCUGCUCAUUUUUUCUUCUUUGUCGUGGGCAAAAUAUUAUAACAGACUUCCUUUGUGGUUUAUUAAGUCUUAUAAUUAGGUGUUUUACAUCAUCAUAAUUAAGCUGAUUUCGUUGUUUUAUAUUUGUUUGUUUUUAUGAUCUGAGUACACAUAAGAAAAAAAAUCUCAUCAAAUCUCUCCAAUCUGCUUAACAACUCUAUUCUCUUCACAUUUUUGGUGAAAUUUAGAACGGACAAUUUUGGUGAAAAGUUGGAUGACAAAAUUGGUUAAAUAUUUUAUGGUUGUUCUUAAACAUUAUUAGCAUAGCAAGGCAAAUAUAAAAUUUUACCUGGUGAUUUAAUUUUUUAAUCCUGUGAUGAAACUGCUUCAAAUAGUGAUGUGGUUAACCAGUUAAUUAUAAUCAAAAUAACCAGCCUGCAGUGUGAACAUCUUUAGAGCUGCACAGACUUUGUUGCUCCUUAAAGGGUUAACAGAUAAUUUAUUUUUGUACAUGUUGGUAUUUGGUGUACAUGGUAAGUUCUGUCCAAAUUUUGACUUUUGUCAAACUUACCUAUUGUACAAAGAUUAAUUCUUGACAAACUUAUGUGAGUAGUAUCCAGGAUUAUUUUUUUAAAACCCUUUACUGUGGAUUUGAGUGCUUACUGUACUGUAUGUGGUACUGUCUUUUGUGCCAGACUUGUGUUUAUGUGUAGAAUUGAAGUUCAUAAGUAAUGAGGUUUUAAACGUAUGGACGGAAGCCAGAAACAAGUUUGAUUUUGUUUGUAUGCUUUUCUCUUUGUUCUAUCAAGGGAGCUAAUUUUUAAAGUUCAUUUUUUUAAAUAAUGAAAGUUGAGUUAGUGAAAUUUAAAGUAAUUAAAAUCUACCUUUGCUAUGUUGAAUCAGGCUUCUGUUAUUUAAUGAAGUGAUAGCAAAAAAUAAAAUACUGGUAGUUCCAGUGACUGCAGAAAUUGUUUUUGACAUUUAAAAUGUUUUUUAUCAUAAAGCUGUGGAUUCUCUUUUGGUUUUUAAAAAUUGUUUUCUAGGUGUGAUUUUUUUUUAUCAUAUGUUAAUUAUUACACUAUUUAAUUUAGACUUUAAGCAUUAUACAGGGAAAGUUUCAUGUGUUUUAGUUUUCAGUCAGUCAGGUAUGUGGAUAUCUAAAGAAAAUUUAAUUUUAAGUGGCAGGAUUAAAAAAAAGUAAUUUUACUUUUGGCCAUAACGUUUUACACUAGGGCAGUAAAGGGUACAUGACAUUUUUUUUCUUGUGGGAUUUUAACUUGCUUUGGCAGUUUUUCCACCCCCCUGUAUUCUUGUCUUUGUUCAUUAAUUUGAAAAAUCCUUUAUAAUUUAAAUAGGAUUUUCUGCUUAAACAGCCAAUUUUUUCCAUUCCAAUCGACUGUGCUUGCUUUACAUAACUUGAAAGAUAAGAAUAUUCAUGAACUUGAUGCUCUGUACUUUGGCUCAGUGAGUAGGCCUCCAGCUAGUGGAGCUGUUGACAGAUUAUUGCUGACUUUUGGUAUUUAGUCUGUUUCAGGGAUUCCCCUAAUGCUAACAAUUCCUUCACCUAGGUUAGUUCUAUUAUAGACCAGAUCAUUCUUGGAUCCUGAGGUGCCACACACUUUAAAAAAUAUUAAAAUUAGAGCUUUAAAAAUUAGACAUUUAAUGUUUUAGGAAUCUAUAUUAUAGAAAUUUCAAAUGUGGAGACCUUGAAAUAUUUUUGAUUUUGAUGCUCCAUUUUAUUUACAUUUUCUUGACUGUCAUUGCUAGUUGUAUUAGUUAUCUAGUACAAACUUUGAUUGACUAUUUUUUAAUUACGACAACCAUAGUAGUAGUAGUUUCUUUGCUCAUUUGUAUUUGAAAGUAUGUUUUUACUGCAUCAUUGAAGGUGUUAUUCAUUUUUUUUUUAAAAGUUAGAAACCAAUACUUGCAUGCUUUUUGUAAUAUCCCCUAUAAUUUAUACUAAGAUUGUUUUUUUUCCUCAACUUUUUAGUCACCAGAAAUAUUAAAAACACCAAACAAUUUGAUGAAAACAACAUGUACUUUAGUUUUUAUAAUCAUGUUGUAGUAGCACUGUGCAGGUUUUAUAAAUGUUUAUUUGCCCCUGAAGAGUGGUCUAAGGCCACUGGGUAGAGUUGUGUCCCAUCAUAUCCUUACAGUGGGGUAGCCAGAGUUGUGUCCCAUCAUAUCCUUACAGUGGGGUAGCUUUUUAAUUACAGCGCCCUGAAAUCCAUCCACCAGGAAAGAUUUUACAGGCAAUCUUUUUUUCCCCUUUGUGUAAAUACAUUUGCAUGUCAUAAUUUUCAGUACUUAUUAUAUAUUCAAGUUUUCCAGUUAUUUUUGGAGGGUUACGUUGUCAGCUUUUUUUUGUGCUGACAGUUUCAGUAUUUAUAUCCCAGGUUUUUCUUUUUUAUCAAUUUAAAAAAAAAUUGUGAACUGCCAUGUCAGCAAAAUCUAGUCAAUAGAGAUGUUUUAAUUUAAAAAUAGGCCUAUAUAAAAAAACAAACCCACUAUUGUUUGAAUGGCCUGAUCAAUUUAAGGUUUUAAAAAAUAGUCAUCUGAUUGUUUAAAACAAAAGGGAUCAUUGAUUUUUUUUUAAAAAAAGGUCGUUUGAUUUUUAAAAAUUGUUACCUGGUCUUUAUAGGCUUAAUUUUAGAACUGGAAACUUACAUUCAGAUAAUUCAAUUCCAUUUCGUUUUCUGUUCCUUUUUAUAAUAUGGAUUAUGUUCUGAAAGGGGUAAAUUUUAUCUUGUAGAAUGUGAAAAGUGUGAAACAAAACACACCUUUCUAACCUCUGUAAAUAGAAGAUUUUUAUUUACCAAUCUUUCUUGACUCAGUAUUGUAAUUUUGUUGUUUCUUGACAAGUUAGGAUUCAUUAAAAUGUUUAAGCUUAAA